AUGACUCCAAUUGAACUUCUUGACCUUUACCUUUACCUUCACCUGCCACCACACUGCUCCUAUGUGGUCGCUCAUUCCUGGGGAACAGAAACGCCCUCCAUGGCUUCUACGACUGCGAUCCUCCACGGGUUUUAUAGUGACAACGGUCUGGACUUCAUUUUUCACUACAAGGAUUUCUUUCUCUACGCCAUGAUCGUCCCCAUCAUGCCGUCUGCGCUGGUCGACCGUGCACAUGUCCCACACGAAGAACUCGAUAUCACACCUACCCGCCAGCUCCCCUACCUGUUGGGCCUGAUCCUUCUAGGCGCGUCAAUGGUCAUUCUCUCCGUUGCGCAAUCUGUGGGCCUCUUCGUCGUCGCCAGACUGAUCCAGGGUGGUGCGACGGCCAUGGUCUCAGUGGCGGGUUUGUCGCUCCUUACCGACUCGGUCUCGUUUGAUAAUCUCGGCCAGACCAUCGGCUACUUAGGGUCGGCGAUCACACUGGGGUUUGUGUUGGGUCCGUUGUUGGGAGGUCUGGUUUACCGUACGGCGGGAUAUCAGUCGGUUUUUGCAAUGGCCUUUGUCAUCGUGGCGGUCGAUGUAAUCCUGAGAAUCACCGUGAUCGAGAAGAAGGUCGCGCGUCAAUGGUUGAACGACGAACCGGAGUCGGCAAAUGGGUCAACAUCCCAUCAUACUCAGGCACAUCUUACUUCCAGGUACCAGACCUUCACCGUCCCACCGACAACAACAACGACGACAGCCCUUUCAGAGACGCCAAAACCGGCGCUUCUGCUCAUCGCGCGACAACCACGGGUGAUAAUCUCGUCAUGGGCGCUUCUCGUCCAAGGCAUUUUGUUCUCGGCGUUUGACUCGACCAUCCCCAUCUUCGUCGAGUCACGAUUCAACUGGGGACCCUUAGGCGCUGGCAUGACCUUUCUCCCGUCCGCCAUGACCGCUUUCUUCGAACCCUACUUCGGAACUCUAUCGGAUCGGUACGGUGCGCGUCUCAUCACAUUCAUAGGGUUCAUCCUACUCGCACCACCGCUGAUCUGUCUUCGAUUCGUGGAGCAGAACACCACGACACACAUAGUGCUCCUGCUAUCAUUGAUCGGUAUCGUCGGUCUGCUGCUGAAUCUGUGCAUCCCGGCCUUGUUCGUGGAAACGCAGCAGGUUCUCGAGAGUAUGGAGCGCGCACGACCGGGGAUCUUCGGCGAGCGAGGCGCUGUGGCCCAGGCGUUCGGUAUCCAGACCAUGGCACAGUUCCUAGAGUCUUCAGUGAAAUACCCAUGGGGAUACCAAUACCUCCACACCACCUCCCAUCAUUCUCAAAUGCAGCAACAACGACAACAGACACACUCAUACUCCUUCCCCAGCGAAUCCAGCCCCCACGAAGCCACGAUCCUGGGCUUCCCAUCCCGAACAUCCACCACCUCGCGACUCCACUCUAACAUAUGUCGCGAGAUCAUCGACCUCGCAGCGACCGUCUCUUCCUUUGAGCCGGUUCGACUGUACACGCGUCCGGAGGACAUCGAUUCCGCCACUGAGCUGCUCCGGCAGCGAACGCAGUCGGAUAUCAAGAAGAACAACGCAACGGUUCAUGAAGCGAUUCGCAUCAUCCCCUGCGUGACGAACCACUGCUGGGUGCGUGAUACGGGACCGGUCUACGUGCAUCGCGCGGACAAUGGCGGGGGACGGUUCGCUAUUGACUUCUCGUUCUGCGAAUGGGGUGAGAAAAUCUUGGAGGGGGAGGAUGACCGGCCGAUUGUAGAUUAUGCCGCCUGGAAGGAGGAGAAUACCCGGUUUGCGCGCCAAGUGUUGGAGUUGGAGAAUGAAGAGGCGGGCCCGUCGCAUGUCACGAGGGUGGUGUCCAAGGUGCGGUUGGAAGGCGGAGGAAUUGAGCUCGAUGGUCAAGGUACGUUUAUCGGUGCCGAGAGCAGUAUUGUCUGCGAGAUGAGGAACCCGGGUCUCGGCAAGGAAGAAAUCGAGAGGGAACUGCGUCGGUUGUUAGACGUGGACAAGUUCGUGUGGUUCCCCGGACGGAAGGCCCUCGAUGUGACGGAUUGUCAUGUGGACGCGGCGGUUCGGUUCGUGAGGCCCGGGGUGGUGGUGGUUUCCAGACCGUCAGACAGUAAGGGGAACAGCGAAUGGAUGCGGGUGUAUGAGGAGAUCCGCGAGGUCUUGGACCGUGAGACGGACGCGCAGGGAAGGAAGUUCGAGGUUCAUGUCAUUGAUGAGCCGGACCCGAAAUGUUUGGGCUGCACGCCCAACGAGGAGGAUCCAGCGGCCUCGUAUGUCAAUUUCUACUUUGUAAACGGCGGACUUAUUGUGCCUGCGUUUGGGGAUCCCGUCACGGAUGCGAAAGCCGUCGAGACGCUGCAGAGAAUUGUCCCUGAUCGAACGAUUAAAUCAGUACAAGUGAACGGCCUGCCGCGCAUGGGAGGUGUGUUGCACUGCGUCACACAGCAGGUUCCCCGAUACUAG